AUGCCACCAAAGAAGAAAGGAAGGCCAAGGAAGGAACAAUUUGAACCCAGUCAAGCAUCAUGUGAUAGGUCUGAGAGGCAGGAAGCAGUUCCUAUGCUACCAAAGAAGAAAGGAAGGCCAAGGAAAAAGGUCCAAUCUGACCCAAAUCAAGCAUCAGGUUCUACAUUUGUUAGAAGCAAAAAGAAGUUGGGGAUAAAAAGAGGCGGUGGCAUUGUUGAAGAUAGAGUUCUACUUGAUGAGCAUGAUGGUUUAGAUGGUCAUGUUGAAGGUAGGGGAUGUGAGGAACAAAUGAAAGAUUUGUUUGACAAAGAAGAUAUUGAUGAUGACAGUUUGGUUGAUAUGAUGUGCACUUUUGAAGCUUCUCUUAGCCAACCAAAGUAUAAUUAUCAAAAAGGUGAUGGAUUCCAAGAUGCAAUGGAUGUUGUUAUUCAAAGUAUUCAUCAUGCUAAUGAUGACAAAGGUGUUGAGGAUGUUGAACCUGACCUGACAAAAACACUUGAUGAGGUUGAAGAUGCAAUGGAUGCUAUUCUUAAAGGUACUGAUGAAAAAAGUCAAUGUGAGAAUGAGGGUAAUCCUGAACCUGAAUUCACUGAAGGAAAUGCAAGUGAUGUUCUCCCAGAGAUGGUGAUGCUAGAUCUAGAAAGUGUAGCAGACCUACUUGGGGCAGGAUAUAGCAUGGCUGAAAUAGAGAGCAUGAGAGGGGUUCAAGUUGAAUUGGAUGAUAUGCCACCAGUUGAGAUGGAUGUGAAUGAAGUUGAGGAUAUUCCAUAUGUUGAUGGUGUGAUGGAAGGAAAUGAGGAUGAUGGUGAUGCUGAUGAUGCUGGUGACGUAGAAGGUGAGGGUGAGGGUGAUGGUGAUGGUGCUGGUGAGGGUAAUGGUGCUGGUGAGGGUGAUGGAGAGGGUGAUGGUGCUGGUGAGGAUGAUGGAGAGGGUGAUGGUGAUAUUGAGGAUGAAGGUGAUGGUGCUGGUGAGGAUGAUGCAGCAGAUAUGGAGGAAAAUGAUGCUGAUGAUGAAGGGCAUGUACCACCUAGAAGGACAAGAAAGCCCUCAGAAAGGAUCAUCCUGCAAAAGCUGAAGAAACCUUGUUUUGACAAAGAUGGAAGGGGUUCCACAUCUAGCAAUCCAGUAGAUUUGGAGUAGUUACCUAGGUAUAUGGGGGCAAAAGUGGGGAUGGUAUCAUUGGGCAAUUGUAUAGGUAGCCCUUUUUGUUUAUUU